AUGGCUGAUCACACUUCGUUCGCAAUGUUUACGGGUCAUCAACUCUCACGCGGCUUCUUUGAAGCGCCUGGAGUCGACACUGCAGUGAACCCUCAUCCUGCUUGGGGAUACUUUCAUGGCCCUGUGAUCGAUCCGAACCCGAACUGGAAACCUGCUGCAUGGCACACUGCACAGGCCGCUGGCAAUCCAAGAUACAAUAUCACUGCCGGGGACAUCGACAACGUGAAUGACCAGCCUCCAAAUCCUCGUCUGACACUGUCGAAGAUGAAUCUCCUCGUUUGCCCAGUUGUUGAAAUCGUCCCGGCUCACCAGUGCGGUAUGACUUUCGAAACACAGCCUGACUUCCGCCGCCAUCUCCGCAUGGUUCAUUCUGGCUGCUUUUGGAACCCUGACCGGAAGCCAAUCUCGCGUCUCGAAAGGAACGAGGGUCAUUUGGCACUGGUCAACUACAUCCGAUCCGGCGAGUGGCGCAAUGCUUAUUUCAUGAACGAACCAGGUCGCGGACCGGCAGCCAGUAUUGUCGGAUACUGGGCAGAUUGCAUGUCAACUGUCGCUCGUAAUGACGAUGACUGGUGCAAUGAGUUUGGGCUUCUUUAUCAUCGUGACCAGCAACCUGUGGCCCCAACCAGUGGAGGCCGGGGCCGACGCCGUGGCCAAAACCCUCCACCUGCUCCGAUCCCAUUCAUGAAUCUUAUGCAGCUUAACGCUACUGACAAUCUUGCGGAUCCUCCCUCUGACAAUGACGAAGACAAUCACGAUACUGAUACUGAUAUGGAUAUUGAUACUGACGUCAGUGAUAGCGAUGAAGAUGACGAGCUCAGUCACCUCUACCAGUUUUGCGAAUGGGCCCUUAUCAAGUCAGACGUCCUUCUCCUCCUGGCUCGGAAGAAGAUGAGGAUGAAUCGGAAGAGGAUGAACAGAUGGAGACUAGCAGUUCUGAUGCUUUUGAUAACGGUGAUGAUGAUGAGGAUGGAGAUGGUGAUACUGUGA